UCAAAUUUCCAUCUUUCUCCUCCCAACACUCACACAUUAUUUGUCUAUUUUUUAUCUGCUAUUCGAUAUUUAAUUUCAAUUGAUUUUUCUAUUUUAAAAUAUUUUUAUAUUUAAUUUUUUUUAUUUAAUAUUUAAUAUUUAUUCUGAAUUUCAAUUGAUUCCUCUAUUUAAAAAUAUUUUAAUUCUUGAUUUUUUUAUUUGAUAUUUGAUAUUUGAUAUUCAUACUAAAUAAUCACGAGACUUCUGAUUAAGAGCUUAGUAUCAUGAAUAGUUAUAUUCCCAUUACUGAUUCCAAACAAGAAAACGAAAUUUCUAAUUAUUACUACGAUUCAUCAUCUUCUCCAACUGGAUGUGGAUGUGGAUUGUGUAGUUGUUUAUCAUGUUUCAAUUGGGGCAAAGGCCAUGAAGUUCAAAGCAGAUCUCUGCUACAAGAUCAUGAAACAGAGCAAAGAGAAUCAUGGCUGGUGAUAUUGAAGAAUUUAUUAAGAAAAAUGAAUCGGAAUUCGAAGAAAUCGAGACCUCAAUUUCAGUAUGAUGCUCAGAGUUAUGCUCUAAAUUUUGAUGAUGGAGCUCGUGAGGAAGAAGAUGGGCUUUAUUGUAAUUUCUCAUCUAGGUUUGCUGUCCCUGUUAUUGCUCAAAAACAGAGCAAAAUUGGUUUGUGACACUUUUUAUUUUAAAAUUAUUGAAAAUGUUAUUAAUAGAAUUAGACUACAAUUUUUUUUUCGUAUUUGAUAUUGAUAUUAAAGUUUGAUUAAAUUUAAAUUCGUGUCAUUAAUCACAAAAUAGGUAAAAUACUAUGUAUUAUAAAUAAAUGAAUAUUUACCAUUUUAUCGUAACUUUUUACUGUCCUAA